CCGGAAACACGCAGCAAGGACCGCGAUAGCGAAAGGCGAGGAUGGCAAAUAAAGCGCACUCCAAGUAGCAACAUUUGUUUGCGCCCUGUGUGGAUCUGCUCGAGACUGCCAGCAGGAGAAAUGCCACGUCGAUAAGCUUGCGGUAUUGACACCAAGGACAAAACGUGUACCAUGAUCCGCGUGGCAGAGCCGAUGAAUAAAACCAAGAUAAUCCCAACUGGGGCAAAAGUAGGUGGCUUCUCGGCCUAUUCGGGGCAGUGCGUGGUUUCAGAAAGCGGACGGCUUCCCAGCCAGCUAGGAGACUGCGACUAUGGCUCUGUGGCUGACCGUGGCCUUCAUCCUGGUUGUCCUGACACUUCUGAUUCGGUGGCGUAAGAAGAAGUUCUCCUAUUUCAAGGAACUGGGCAUUCCAGGGCCAGAGCCCAACCUGCUGUGGGGGAAUCUCUGGGAGUACCACUCCUUGGGGCUGCACAAAGCGCUGGAUAAGUGGAGCAGGGAAUACGGUGACAUCUGCGGGUUCUACAACGGCGACGUACCUUUUCUGCUCAUCAAGGACCUAGAUUUCCUCGAGUACGCUUACAUCAAAAACUUCCAAAAUUUCACGGCCCGUGGGGUUACGAUGCGAACCGAUCAACAGCAUCCUAUCGUCGGCCAGAUGGUAAUUCAUGUGCGUGGGGACAAGUGGAGGAGAAUGCGUAGCUGCGUCACAUCUGGAUUUACGACCAGCAAGCUUAAACAGAUGGUCCCACACAUCGCCGAGUCAGCGGAGGUGUUCAUGGACAUGCUCGAGCCACACGCCGACACUGAGGAGGAGGUGAACCUGCGUCUCCAAUUCCAAGCGCUUUCUAUGGACUACAUCGGCCAGGCAGCCUUCGGCAUCGAGACGUGCUUCCAGCGUGAAGUUGACGACAUCUUCUUCACGACAGCUCGUCGGGUGCUACCAGGAGUGAUGACGGGGCCUGCCCACAUGAUUGCACAAAGCACGACAACGUUGGGAAAAGCAAUGAAACCUUUCUACUGGUUCCUUGGUCAGUUCGGCUCUCUUACCUUCAAAGUGUUCUCUAAGGAGACCACCAAGAUGAUCGAAAUGCGCAAGACUCAUCCUGAGCUUCGGAAGCCAGACAUCCUUCAAAAUUUAUUAGACGCUGAACUUGAGGACGAAGCACUGAGUGAAGCUGUGACAAAGAGCGGAACGCAGCAAACCGCUGACGGAAUGAAAAAGAGGGUCCGGGCACUUUCACCGAGGGAAGUCAUUAUGAAUGCUACUUUGCUCUUCAUGGGAGGGUUCGAAACGACGUCGAUUUCCAUGUGUUAUCUCACUUUCCUGCUCGCCAAACACCAGGACGUUCAAGAUAGGGUCAGGGAAGAAGUGAAAGAAGCUGUCAGCGAAUCGGGCACACUGGACUACGAGAUGCUUACGAAGAAGCUAAAGUACCUCAUCCAAGUCGUGGAGGAAGGGCUCAGGCUCUACCCACCCGCUGUGGUUGCGACGUCGCGGCAAGCUGAAGAAGACUUCGAGUGGAGGGGCAUGAAGUUCAAGGCAGGCACAUGCAUUAUGUCUCCAACGUUCCAGCUGCACAGAGAUCCCCGCUAUUGGGUUGAUCCUGACACCUUUGAUCCCGAGAGGUUCAGCCCCGAGAAUGAGCCUUCCAUCCACAAGAUGGCGUUUCAACCCUUCGGCGUGGGGCCGCGACACUGCGUGGGUUUUCAGAUGGCCCGCUUGGAGCUGCGCUACACCCUCGCCAGACUUGUCCAGCGCUAUCGGGUCGAACUUGGUGAAUCUCAGAAAGGAGAAAUGAGAAUGGGUGGCUACGCCAUGAUUUCUGCACCAGAAAACGGACCCUGGCUCAAGUUCUACAAGUUGUAAAAAAAUACAGUCAGCAGAACUUUUUUUAAUGAGAAGCCCGGCGCGUUGCACUUGUGUGUAGAAGUGUUUUAUGUAAAAAAAAAUGCAGCAAAAAAAUAGAAGCAAGUAUCAUUUAGCAGGAUCUGAUCAAAGUCAUGCGUCAUCUUAUACUAAAGAUCACGAUAAAAAUACUUCCCAAUGUAUCUAGGGAUCAAAUUGCGGCUGCGGUAGCCGCGUUUCAAUGGAGCAAGAAUACAAAAACACCCGUGUUCCGUGUGUUGGGGGCACGUUAAAGAUCCCCGUGGUGGUCAAAAUUAAUACGGUGUCCCCAUCUACGGUGUGCCUCAUAAUCAAAUUGUGGUUUUGGCGUGUGAAACCCUAGAAGUCAAUUAAACUGUAUCAAGGACGGUUUUGUAUCAAGGAAGGUUUUGUUUUUUACUGUUUAUAUAAAAACCAUGCAUGCUUUA